UAUGACAUCAGACAGACUUGGCCCUGUUGUUCCAGAUUUGACCAGCCAAGAGACCAAUAGACUUGAACGAACUAGUUCCUUGGUUGAUUUGGCAAUUCGGGAUGGAGUUCCAUAUCCUCCUAGGCCUGCAAUUAAUAAUGUUCCUCCAUACCUGAAUAUGUUGACUCGAACAUUUUCUGUUCCAAAUGUGAACCAGUACACGGGUGCAAUAGGUCCUUAUCGACCAGCAAAUCCUGUCUAUACUUAUUAUAGCUAUAAAUGCUAUUUUCCAUAUAGAAAUUAUCGAGGCUACACACUGACGGAUGCUUAUUGGUACGACCGUUAUUAUUAUUUUUCGCCAAUAUACAAACGGUCAAUGUUUCCAAUUAGAUUCCGGCAUUCGGACUACAAAGCCAAUCCAAAUUAUUGGCACUAUCCACACACCUAUUGGAGCUACCCUUAUCAAGGAAAAUGGUAUGACUAUGACAAUCCAACAAAUUACCGCCCAUUCUUCGACCCACGAAUCAGCGCAUCAUUUUCAAGACCUUACCAUUACACAUCACAUGCGCUAGCAUACCCAAAUAACCAUCAACAAGGAAUGAUCCAGAAUCGAUUCUAA